AUGUCGGUUUACAUUCUAUCGUAUGUUAACCAUUUGAUACGGGCUAUUGAUUUCUUGAUCAACCAUGUCUUAUUCCACCACCGUAUGUUCCACCUGCCGGAAAAAUUUGAUUGGAUAUCAUAUAGUGGUGGAGCACUGCUGAACGAAGAGGUAGAAUGUGCCAUUUGCUUGAGCAAAAUUGAGGAUGACGAUGAGAUUAGAGAAUUAAGGUGUGAUCAUCUCUUUCACAGAAACUGCUUAGAUACGUGGCUCUCAUAUGGACAUACAACCUGCCCCUUAUGCCGCCAUAAUCUACUAGUGCCACCCAAGAUUGAAGAGGCUUGUGAAAUCGGCAGCCAGGAAGCGUUGUUUUUGGAUCUUUGUGAAACUGCUCCAAGUAAUGAUGAGAGUAGAUGGUGGCUGAGAUAA